AAACAUUAGUUCCAUGUACUGAACCCUCUACAAAGGAAGCAGUGGUAAAUGACCACUAUGACUUAAAUAUGUGGGAUUGUUGCCGCAUGGCAAGUCAUGCUUGGACAAAUGUCAGCACGUCAAUACUGAAAAACGCGUGGGACAACCUUCUGAAGGAUGAAGGCGGGCAGAGUUUGGAAGAGCUCGAAAUAAGACAGGACAUAGAUAAAGCACUUGAAGAACUGAGUAAAAUACCAGAAUGCGAAGGGUGCGACAGUAUCGCUGUGAUGAACUGGUUUGAAACUAAUAAGAAAUAUGCCGCCCCACCAGACGAUCUCAACACUGCUCUUACGCAGUUUAUAAAUACAACUAUGGAUACAGAAGCGAACAAACCUACUGACGAGAAAUUUGAA